GCCGCCACUACGGGUUACCUGGACUGACCCUCCAGGAUUGCAGCCUGCUGCCUGACAGAUCUGCUGGCUGCCUCCAACCUUCUCCCCCCGCCGCCGAACGACGAAAGCACUAGAAACCCGCGACGGAAGGGAUUCUGGAGGGAGCCAGGCAUGGUGGAUCCGGUGGCGGAUUCUGGCAAGGGAACAUGCCCCGAUCCCGCGGGUGCCGCGGGGGUAGAAGAGGCUGCGGCAGCCGCUACCGCCGCGACGUCCGAGGCUGCAGUUCAGCCGCUCGCGCCCCCUCCAGCAGCGGCGCCCCCUCCGCUGGGAGACCCGGAGAAAGCUCGCGAACAGUCGCCGAUGCUGCACCUGGAUCUGUACAACUUCGACUGCCCAGAAGCCGAGGGCAGCCGCUACGUGCUCACCAGCCCCCGCUCCCUCGAAGCCUGCGCGCGCUGUGCCGUCAAGCCGGUGGAGCUGCUGCCCCGGCCGCUCAGCGAGCUGAUCAAGGAGGCCCCCGGCAGGUCCAUGCGCGUGGCAGCCGGCCUCUAUGAGGCCUACGAAAUGGAUCGGCAGAGGAAGCUGCAGCAGUGCCGGGAGGAGCGGGACAGGAUCGUCCGGGAGGAGAAGCGGAGGCUCUUCACACCCGCCCUGGCCGGCAGCCUGCCUUCCUCCCCGGCCUCCAGGGCGGCGCUCAAGAGCAGCCCUGCCCAAGGGAGCUGCCCUCCUGUGGGCAAGCUGAGGGCAGGGGGCCCCCCUCCGCCCCCCCUCAGUGGCCCCAAGACCAAGAAGAGCCACUCCCUGGAUUCCCUGCAAAAGCGGAGGGAGGACUUCCUCUCUGCCAAGACCUCCUCCGACUCAGGGGCCUCUUCCUCCUACAGCGGAGACAGUGCCAAGGACAGAUGGCCCCUGGGGCUGCCCAGGACUAAGACGGUGGCCACCAUGACCGCCCUGGUGGGUCGCAGUUUCAGCCUGAGUGACCUGAGCCACUCCCCGCAGACCACCGAGAAAGUGGAGAGGAUCGUCAAGGAGGUGAAGCAGCAGAAAGGCUUCCGGGAGGUGUCGGAGAGGGACCGGAAGAUUGCGGCCCUGAUGAUAGCGAAGCACCAGGAGGAGAGCCUGUGGAAGGAGCAGCGGUACAAUGCCCACCUCCAGUGGGACGUGCAGAGGAGGCUGGCCGAGCAGCGGAGGGGGCAGGAGGAGCGGGAGAAGCAGCGAGCUUUGCUGCAGGGCCACAUGAUGUGGGAGUCCCGGCUGGAGAAGCGCCGUGGCAGGCUGACCUACACGCGGGAGGAGGCUGCCCAGGUGAAGCAACAGCAGAGCUCAGUGGAGGAUGAGAAGUGGCGGGAACACCUGGAGAAGCAGGAGCGGCUGAAGCGGGAGAGGCUGGAGAAGGCUGCUCUGGAGGACAAGAGGAGGAAGUGCCACCAGGAGCACAACCUGAAGGCCCGGGAGGAAGGCAGGAAAGAGGCCAGGGAGCGGGAGGUGCAGCUGCUGCAGGAGAAGCUCACCUUGGCUGCCCAGAAGAAGCUGACGAAGGAACAACUUCUGCAGAGAGGGAAGAAGCUGCUCAACCAAGCAGAGAAGCAGAAGCACGAGGCGAUUCUCAGGGGGCUGGCCAGGCAGGAGGCCGAAGGGAAGGCCGUGCUGAGGGCGUCUGUGGAAGGCAGCCUGAGCAAGGCCCAAGAGAACUAUGAGCAGCUCAUUGAGAAGAGGAACCAGGAGCUGAGAGAGCGAGCCAGGCGGGAGGAGAUGCAGAUCCAGAGGGCCAAGCUGGCUGUGGUGCGCAGGGAACAGGAGCAGAAGGAGCACUGGAGAGCCUUGGCCCAAGCCUCGGAGAGGAAGCUCCAGCAUGCCACUCAGGUGGCCGAGGAGGUCGUCCAGCAGAAGGCCCGGAAGGUGGUACAGAGCCGGCUGGAGAAGGAGAAGGUGCAGAAGUUGAACAAGAGGAAGGUCGAGGAGGGCGAAGAUGUCCGCCGGAGGGAGAUCCUGUUGUCUAUUGAGAAAAAGCUGGAGCGGAGUGAACAGAUUUGUAAGGAGAAGAAAAGCGUCUUGGAAAACGCAAGGUCUGUGGCUCGGGCAUCAUUCCACGUGCGGGAAAAAGUCCGGGAAGAGAUGAACCUUCGCACCUUUGACAAGAUGGCCUUGGAGGCAGAACUGCAGGCCAGCCUGGUUAAAAAAUGAAUUGUCUUUUCUACUUGGGGUUCGGUGGGGAUCUAUGUUUUGCUGCCUGCUGUCAGAAUUGGGAGAUUUUAAAACAAUCUUUAUUAUUUUGUGGAGCACAAAAACUCUGGCAUAUACUUCAUAGACCUUUUUCAAAUGCUCUUGUUAUACAUAUUCAAACAACUCAUUCAACCAUCCAUGCAAAGAAAAGAUGUAUCC